AUUAGUAUAAUCAAGAUGUCAAUUUUUUUUCCUUUGUAACCUUAGUUACUAAGCUGUUGUUUGACCUUCUCAAUGUGAUAACAAAAAGACUUCUUCUCUUACUUCUUGUACUUUGGCUUUUACUUUGUCUUUUUUCUUGAUUUAUUUAUCUUCUUUAGAUUGCCCAUUCAAUCUUUUAUCCAUGGGUGCUCAAUAUUCUUGAAGGUUGAUGUACUUUUUGUAUUUUUAGUACUAAAUGAAACACUUGAUUGGUAUUGUUGUUGUGUUUGUUUCAACUUUAGUUUUAGCUACUUAGAUAGCAUUUCUGUGUGUUUCUUGUAAUCUUGAUUUGGUUAAACUUGAAGCUGAAUAAGUAGUUGAUUUUAGUACCUUUUGACUACUAUAAGAUUUUGAGUUGUUCUUGUAGCUUGAUUCUUGAUUUGCUAAGUUUGAAGUUGAACAAGUUCUUGAUUUUUGGUACUUUUUUUGACUACUUAGAUAAGAUUUUUGGGUUAUUCUUGUAUCUUGAUUUGCUAAGCUUCAAGUUGAACAAGUUGUUGAUUUUACUACUUUUUGAUUAGUUAUGUAAUGAUUUUGGAUUCUUGAAGUUGAACAAAUUCUUGAUUUUAGUAUUUUUUGAGUAUAAGAUUGUUGUAUCUUUGAUUAGGCAAGCUUGAAGUUGAGCAAAUUCUUGAUUUUAGUACUUUUUUGACUACUUUUGAGUUUGGUGAAAAAGGUUUGACCUUUUGUUGGUGGUGGAUUGUUUGGUUGAAGUAAUCAAGAUCUUGUUGGAUUUUUUUUUUUGUGUGUGUGUGUGUGGGGGGGGGGGGGGUAUUGUAGAGCUAUUUUUUGCAAUUCUAAGGUCUUAAUGUUGAAACUGAGGAACUGAAAAAGAGUGAAUUUAGGAAUUAGGACUAAAUGGGAAACACUUGUGUUGGACCAAGUAUUUCUAGAAAUAGAUUCUUGCAGUCUGUUUCAGCUGCAAUGUGGCCGUCUCGGGUGCCGGAGGAUUCUGCUUCCACCACUAAUGGUGGAAGUAGUAAAAGUGGAACAGCGGACUCGGGAAAAGACCCUGAUUUGCCAGUUCAAAAUAGGGCACCAGAACAGAUGACAAUGCCUAAGUCGGAACAGAAGGAAGUGGAACCGGUGAAGAAGGAAGAGGUGGAUAAGGAAGAGAGACAGGUAAAGCCAAAGAAGCCGGUAGAGAUGAAGAGGGUAGGUAGUGCAGGCCUUAGAACUGAUUCUGUAUUACAGAAGAAAACAGGCAACUUAAAGGAGUUUUUCAGUAUAGGGAAGAAAUUAGGACAAGGACAAUUCGGAACUACGUUUAAAUGUAUCGAGAAGGGGACGAGGAAGGAGUAUGCUUGCAAAUCGAUUGCGAAGAGGAAGUUGUUAACAGAUGAUGAUGUGGAAGAUGUUAGAAGGGAAAUUCAGAUAAUGCAUCACUUGGCAGGGCAUCCGAAUGUUAUAUCAAUAAAAGGGGCUUAUGAGGAUGCUGUAGCCGUUCAUGUAGUUAUGGAACACUGUGCCGGAGGUGAGCUUUUUGAUAGGAUUAUUCAACGGGGACAUUAUACAGAAAGAAAAGCGGCUGAGCUCACAAGGACUAUUUUUGGAGUUGUAGAAGCUUGUCAUUCGCUGAGCGUCAUGCAUCGUGAUCUUAAGCCUGAGAAUUUUCUUUUUGUUGAUCAGAAGGAGGAUUCACUUCUCAAAACUAUCGAUUUUGGAUUGUCAGUUUUCUUCAAACCAGGUGAGAGGUUUACAGAUGUUGUUGGCAGUCCUUAUUAUGUUGCACCGGAAGUUCUCAAAAAACGGUAUGGUCCUGAAGCUGAUGUCUGGAGUGCUGGUGUGAUUGUGUAUAUUUUAUUAAGUGGAGUGCCUCCUUUCUGGGCUGAAAAUGAGCAAGGAAUAUUUGAACAAGUCCUGCACGGUGAUCUCGACUUCUCAUCAGAUCCAUGGCCUAGUAUUUCAGAAGAUGCAAAAGACUUGGUCAGGGGAAUGCUUGUUCGAGAUCCCAGAAAACGUUUAACGGCUCAUGAAGUCUUGUGCCAUCGCUGGGUUCAAGUUGAUGGUGUGGCUCCAGAUAAGCCGCUGGAUUCUGCAGUUCUGAGUCGAAUGAAACAAUUUUCUGCAAUGAACAAACUCAAGAAGAUGGCUUUGAGAGUCAUUGCUGAAAGCUUAUCUGAAGAAGAAAUUGCUGGUUUGAAAGAAAUGUUCAAGAUGAUAGAUACAGACAAUAGUGGUCAGAUAACUUUUGAGGAGCUCAAAGUUGGAUUAAAAAGAGUUGGCGCUAAUCUCAAGGAAUCUGAGAUCUAUGAUCUUAUGCAAGCAGCAGAUGUUGAUAACAGUGGCACAAUUGAUUAUGGCGAAUUUAUAGCUGCAACAUUACAUUUUAACAAAAUUGAAAGAGAAGAUCAUCUAUUUGCUGCUUUCUCUUACUUCGAUAAAGAUGGCAGUGGCUACAUCACCGCAGAUGAGCUUCAACAAGCUUGUGAGGAAUUUGGCAUCGGGGAUGCCCAUCUGGAAGAUAUGAUAAGAGAUGCUGAUCAGGACAAUGAUGGGCGCAUUGAUUACAAUGAGUUUGUCGCUAUGAUGCAAAAGGGACAUCCAGUGACUGUUGGUGGCAAGAAAGGUCUAGAGCACAGCUUCAGCACCGGAUUCAGAGACGCUCUAAAGGUCUAAGAGCCUUCGCCUUUCAAGAUUUUCUUUUCGCCCUUUAGUUUGGUUAUCUUCAUUUCCCUUGCGGCAAGUUUUUUUUGUUUUUAGGUGAAUAGUAGAAACCGGUGCUUGCCAAGCAAAACAACCUUGCUGUUCCAAUGCACAUCAGUAUUCUUUCCAGUUCUGCAAAAUUUUCUUGAUUUUUGCUGGAUGGAGUUCAUUUGCUUCUGUUAUACUAGUGUUAUAUUAUACUGGUGUUAUAAUGAUACUGUCAAUAUGUUGCAUAGCAAGAAACUUGUAUCACAUAAUUUCGUGUGGUUCAAACUUUGCGCGUAUAGAAUGUUAAAAGUGUGAGGUGUA